CUCCAUUUAGCAUCCUAUUUUAUGGCAUGAACCUUGUGGCUUCACCUUUACCCAUCUCUCUUUAUCUCUGUCUCUCUCUUUUCUUUCCAAGAUUUUCUAUAUAAAAGGGACAACCUGUGUAUCCAAAUCCAGUGUUUAGAGAGCACGGAAAGAGAGAGUGAUGGGCAAAGGAAGAGCUCCUUGCUGUGAUAAGAGUCAAGUUAAGAAAGGUCCAUGGAGUCCUGCAGAGGACUUGAGGCUCAUCACUUUCAUUCAAAAACAUGGACAUGAAAACUGGAGAGCUCUCCCUAAACUAGCUGGGUUGUUAAGAUGUGGGAAAAGUUGUCGUUUGAGAUGGAUUAAUUACCUAAGACCUGACGUAAAGAGAGGGAACUUCACCAAAGAGGAAGAGGACACUAUCAUAAAACUGCACCAAACUUUGGGAAACAAAUGGUCAAAAAUUGCAUCCCAUUUGCCUGGUAGAACAGAUAAUGAAAUCAAGAAUGUCUGGAAUACUCAUUUGAAGAAAAAGUUGACACUCAAAGACUCUCACACUGACGAAUCAAAAGAAUCGUCCAUUACUACUGCUACUUCAUCUUCGUCAUCUUCUUCUUCUGAUAGUAUUGCAAUGGCUACAGAGCUUGAUGAUCAUCAUCAAUGGCCCAAGAAGAAGCCUCGUGUCUUGUAUGAUAAUAGUAAAGACGCUAAUAAAGAAUUGCCAACUUGUUCCAAUAAUUCCAAGGUCACAAAGACAGUUGAUCAUCAAAUGGGCAAUUCGGUUUUCGACUUUUCCUCAUCAGGAGCUUGUGCUGUUCAUCAUAAUAAUAAUACAUUAGAGGAAGUCAACAAACCGGAAAUUCAAGAAAUAUCAACGAUAGAUAUCCCAUUUGAGUCUGAUUUCGAUUUCUGGAAUAUGUUAGAUGGGUUGAAUGAUAAUAAUUCAUACCAAUCAAGCAGUACUGAAGUUGAAGAUCAGUUGAACAGCCAAAGCUCAUCAAGUAUUGGAGACGUUGAAAAUAGGAAGUGGCUGCGUUAUUUGGAAAAUGAGCUUGGCCUUGAAACUAGCAAAGAUGGCCACCAAAGCUUAUCAGAAGAUGGAGCAGUAAACCCAUUAGAGAGUUUCCAAUGUGAGAUGAUGCCCACGAAUAAGCCUGAAGUGAUCAGUUGUGGAAUGGGUUAUUAUCAUUUAUGGCCUUCUUUAUGAAAUAACUUUUAUUAUACUA